GGAGAGGCAAUAGCAUCUUGACCAGAAUUAGAAACCUUGGGAAAUGCAAUCCUCUUUUAUCCAGUUUUAAACUGACUAUUUGGAAGGAGGGAAUGUCCCCUCUGAAAAUGAAAGUGAGUUUUAGUUUGUGGAGGGAAGAGGAUCCCACAGAACCAAUGCCCUGAACAAAUCAAGCUCCACCUUUGCUACUUUGGCUUUUGACAGUGAAUUCAGGGCAGAUGAUGUAGUGGAAAUUGCACAGUGGGAUGGGACUGAUGCUGUACAUUUCAUGUAGCUUGGGACCCAUUUCCAGAGAACUAACUCUGUUACAUUGUUGCUUUAUGACAAGAUUAAUAGGAUGCUGCUGACACAGCUGUUCAUAAAAGUGCCAAUUUUUCCUGAAGAGAUGAAGUUAUGAGCAUCUUGUUAACUGAUCUAUUUCCUGGACCAUCUAUGCACAGCCUGAAGAUGUUUCUGACUUUCCUCCUCAUUAUUCUUGGGAUUGAGACUUCUACAAUGCUAGAACUCGCCUCUGAGUCUGCAGAUAUUGUCCUUUUGAUGGACAGUUCCGAUGCCCUUGGCAGAAGGUCUUUUCCCUCUGUGAAAUCUUUUGUUAACAAGAUUAUCAACAAUUUUCCAAACAAAUACCGUGUUGCACUUGUGCAGUACAGUGAUGAUGUGCACAUUGAAUUCCAGCUGGAUAGCUUUAAAGCAAAGAACCCCAUGUUGAACCACAUCAAAAAGAACUUGGCUUUCAGGGGUGGAUCAUUAAGAACUGGGAAUGCCAUACAGAAGGUCCAUGAGACUUUCUUCAAAACCCCAAGCAAAGACAGAAGCCAGAUUUUGGUGGUCUCAACUUCCGGAUUGUCAGUUGAUGAUGUGAGAAGACCUGCAAAGUUAUUACAGGAUGAAGGGAUAAAAGUGAUAGCUUUGGGAACACUGGCUACAACCCAGGAAGAACUGCAGGCAAUGGCCACACAGUCAUUCCACUAUUAUUUUGAUACACCAAGGGAUCUCGUAACAUUUUCUCAAAAUAUGUCUGUUGUCAUUGGAGCUGCUAUACAAGCUGAUAGUAUCCCAGUCAUCUCAACAACUGCUCCACCAAGUAUUAUAGAAACCAUUCCCCCAAAAGGUUGUUCUAAUGAUUCUGUAGCAGAUGUUGUAUUUGUGUUGGAUGAGAGUGUUUCAAACACAGGCGCUGAUGCUACUGCAAAAUUCUUAACCAAUACAAUAAACUCUCUUGAUGUAAAGGAAGAAUGUAUAAAUAUUGGCCUUGUGACAUUCAGUACUGAACCAGAAGUAUUAUCUUAUCUGUACAAGGGAAGAGAUAAAAGUGAUCUGCUGAAGGCAAUUCAGAACUUUUCUCCCAAACAAGGAAAGGCUCACCUUGGUGCUGCCCUGAAUUUUACCAGGAAAACGCUUUUUGCUGAGGCUUAUGGAAGCAGAAAGACUCAAGGGGUGGAACAAGUAGCCAUGGUCAUCACACACAGACCCUCCGAUGACAGCUUGCCUGAAGCAGCUGCACUCCUUCAACGGACUGGUGUGACGGUAUUUGCCAUAGGCAUUGAAGGGGCCAACAUCACCCAGUUAACUCAGGUGGUGUCAUAUCCGCCAGAGCGAAAUGUUAUAUCACGGAUCACAUUUUCCAAUCUUCCAAAUCAGAGCGAGGUUUUUGAGAAGAAACUCUUCAACCAAAUACAUCACAAGCUCUAUGUCCAAGCAGGAAAAAAAGUGCAGCUCAGAACAGGAUGUAUCGACACAGAAAAGGCCGAUAUUUAUUUUCUAAUUGAUGGCUCUUCCAGCAUUCAUCCGAAAUAUUUUGAUGACAUGAAGACUUUUCUGAAGGAAGUGAUCAAGCUCUUUUCUGUAGGGCCUGAUCAGGUUCGAUUCGGAGUGGUGCAAUAUUCAAACAAUGAUAAAAAAGAAUUUGAAAUUGAUGAGCACACUAAAAGUAUCCUUUUGGAAAAAGCCAUUAAUAACAUCAAACAACUGGGAGGAGAUACGUAUACUGGAGCUGCUAUACAUUCUAUGCAGCCCUUGUUUGAAAAAGCAAGAAAGCAGCGUGGCAGCAGCGUGCCCUGCUAUCUCAUCGUGCUGACAGAUGGGGAGGCACAUGACAAUGUGCUGGUACCUGCCAGAGAGCUUAGAAAUACUGCGGUGAACAUCUACGCUAUUGGUGUGAAAGAUGCUAAUAUAACACAGUUGUAUGAGAUUGCAAGCUCAAAGUCCAAGGUUUACUUUGUGCAACAGUUUGAGGCCUUGAAAGAAAUAAAAAAUGAGCUUGUUCGAGACAUAUGCUCUGAGGAAGCUUGUAAGCCAAUGAAAGCUGAUAUCAUGUUCCUAGUGGACAGUUCUCGUAGCAUAGGACCUGAGAACUUCAAGAAAAUGAAGAACUUCAUGAAAGAGCUGGUGAAAAAAUCUGACAUUGGUCCAGACCGUGUGCAGAUUGGUGUUGUCCAGUUCAGUGACAUACCUAAAGAAGAAUUCCCACUCCACAAGCAUUCCACAAAAAGUGAUAUCAUUAAUGCUAUUGGAAGAAUGGCGCUUAUGGACCAAAACACACUCACUGGAGCCGCACUGAACGUCAUUUCCAAUUAUUUUAAACCUACCAAAGGAGCACGGCCUUCAGUCAACAAAAUUCUUAUCCUGAUCACAGAUGGGGAAGCGCAAGAUGAAGUAGCAACUCCAGCAACAGCACUGAGAGAGAAAGGCAUCAUAAUCUAUGCAGUUGGGGUUUUCAAUGCCUAUAAACCACAACUGGAAGAAAUAAGUGGAAGAACUGAUAAGGUGUUUUAUGUGGAAAACUUUGAUAUUCUUAAGCAGUUAGAAAAUGCCAUUAUUUUUGACAUAUGCACUAUCUAUGAGCCUGACGAGUGCAAAAGGAUAGAACGUUUAGAUGUUGUAUUUGUAAUUGAUAGUUCUGGAAGCAUAGGUGAAUGGAACUAUGAAAUCAUGAAGAAUUUUAUGAUCAGCAUCGUGAAUAAAUCUGACGUUGGCCCAGACAAAGUUCAGUUUGGAGCUCUGAAGUAUUCAGAUAAUCCAGAAAACCUGUUCGACCUUAAUACCCACGGUACCAAAUCAGCAGUGAUUGCGGCUAUCCAGAGUGACACCCCUUUAAAUGGCAAUACAUACACCGCCAGGGCUCUGCAGGAUUCAGAAACUCUGUUCACUGAGACACGUGGGAGCCGCAAAUGGAAGGGUGUCCCCCAAGUUCUUAUGGUUAUAACUGAUGGUGACUCCCACGAUACGUACGCCCUUGAUGGAGUCUCAAAGAGUCUUAGGGCCAAUGCAAUUUCUAUCUAUGCCAUUGGGAUAAAAGGAGCAAAUCCUGCUGAACUUCUGACCAUGGCUGGUUCAAAAGAGAACAUGUUUUAUGUGGAUGAAUUUGAAGGACUAAAAAACAUAUCCAAGACACUAUCACAACAACUUUGCAAUAUUUCAAAGCCAGAAUGUGAAAUCCAAGGAGAAUUUGUUUUUUUGAUUGAUGGAUCCACAAGAGUAUCCACAGAAGCCUUCAACAGGAUGAAGGACUUCUUGAAGAAAUUACUUGAUUUGAUUGGUUACAAUAGCAAUAUAAAAGUUGGUAUGGCCCAAUUUAGUGAAAAUUACCAAGAAGAAUUCAGCCUUGGCAAUUAUCAGAAUUCUUCAGAGCUGAAGGAUAAGAUAGAUAAUGUUUCAGGGAUGCAAGGUGAUAAAACGUACAUGGGAAAGGCUCUCAGAGAAGUGAAAUCCUUCUUUAAAUCACCAAAACAGAGAAUUGCUCGAAAUAUCCACCAGAAGUUACUGUUAAUUACUGAUGGAAAGUCAGAUGACAACAUUGCUGAGCCAGCAAAGGUUUUGAGGGACAAUGGUGUGGAAAUCCAUGCAAUUGGAGUGGGAAAGGUCAAUCACAUGCAGCUUCAACUGAUAACUAACUCCCCAGAAAGAAAAUAUACAGUAGCUAAUUACAAUGAACUGUCAAAUGUUGCAAAACAUGUAAUAGAAGAAAUGUGUCAACCUGUUAAAUCAACUUGUUUUGUGGAUGUUGUUCUUGGCUUUGAUAUAACAUCCCAGAAGUCAGGAGACAACUUCUUCAGUAAUCAGCGCCUUUUGAAGGCCUACCUUCCUGAUAUUUUAAAGCGCUUUACAUCUUCAAGUUCUGUGAGCUGCAAUAGAGGAACAAAUACACAGUUCAGUGUGGCGAUCCCAAGAGAAAAUACAGACCAAUCACACUUGGCAAAUCUCCAAGUUGAACAUGAAAAAAUCCUAAAGAAUCUCAAGGACACUGUGGUCAACAGGCCUUCUCUUCUCAAUGUGCAGUUCUUGGACACUCUUUGGAAUGCAUUUCAAAACAUUUCUGAUAAUAGAAACCGAAGCAAGGUGUUACUUCUUUUCUCUGAUGGCUUGGAUGAUGAUACAAUAACCCUUCAACAUAAAUCUGAAGAAUUUAGAAAGCAAGGACUGGAUGGAUUAAUAACAGUUGCCCUGGAAGGAGCCACCAACAUUAAUGAACUUCUGCAUAUUGAAUUUGGAAAAGGAUAUGGAUAUAAUAACCAAUUAACUAUUGGCACCCAUAAUAUUGACAGCAUUCUAUUAGAGUAUGUGGACAAAAUUGCCGAGAGAACAUGCUGCUGCGUGCAUUGCAAAUGUGUGGGAGAGGAAGGACCCCGGGGACAAACAGCGGAAAUGGGAUCUCAGGGACCUACUGGUUUUGAUGGCCCUCGAGGACAUUCAGGAGAUGAUGGAGAGCCAGGUCCCCGUGGACUCCAUGGCCCAAUGGGUCAACAAGGUGACAGAGGAAACAAGGGCAGAAAAGGAGAGAAAGGGCUGAGAGGCAUGCUGGGAGAAAAGGGAGAGAACGGGAUUGAUGGACUUGAUGGAAUUGAUGGAGAAGAGGGAACAAGUGGAUUUCCAGGACUCAAAGGAGAAAAGGGGGACUCAGGCGAUGCGGGCAGCUCAGGACCAAGUGGGCUUCCUGGUGACCAGGGUCAGAAAGGCUUCCCAGGAGAUCCUGGUGAUUCCGGAGAGGAUAAUGUCGUAAGAGGACCAGUUGGUCUCAAAGGGAUAAAAGGAAGAAUGGGAGAAAAAGGACCAGAUGGCUCAGCAGGGAGGGAAGGAUCCAAAGGAAGGAAUGGAGCUGAGGGACGAAGAGGACCUCCAGGUGCACCAGGACAGAAUGGAAUCCCUGGUCCAAAUGGUUUGCAAGGAGAGCAAGGAUUUCAUGGUCCACAGGGGACAACAGGAAUUACUGGUGUGAAAGGCGAGAAAGGACAAUCAGGAAAUAAAGGAAGUCAGGGAGGUUUUGGAGUAGUGGGACCAAAAGGAAAUCCAGGGAAGCCUGGACUCAGAGGAAAUAAGGGAGAAACUGGGGAUCAUGGAGAAAAAGGAGAAAGGGGUUCCCAUGGCCAGCGAGGAAUGAGGGGGGAAGAAGGACCACCUGGAUAUGGCAAACCAGGAAUUAAAGGAUCAAAGGGAGAAGAAGGUUUCCCAGGGAGCUUUGGAGUUCAGGGUAUACCUGGAGACAAAGGUAUUCCUGGGGAACCUGGCCAAAAAGGGAGCCGAGGAAGAAUGGGCAUUCCAGGACUGAAGGGUGAAACAGGUGAUCCAGGAAUAAGAGGCUAUCCAGGAUAUCCAGGAUCAAAAGGAGCAAAGGGACUUCCAUUUUUUGAGCCCUGUGAUGUCAUUAAAUAUGUGCGUGAACAAAGCCCUUGCUGGAUAGGAAGAACUCAGUGCCCUGUAUAUCCCACCGAAUUAGUGUUUGCCUUGGACUUAUCUCAAGAUACUACACCCCAGUCAUUUGAACAAAUGAGAGAGAUCAUCAUAGCCAUUGUGAACAAUACCAGAAUCAGAGAGAGCAAUUGCCCAGUGGGAGCCAGAGUGGCCGUGGUGUCCUACAACUCCAAUACCCACUAUCUGAUCCGCUUCUUAGAUUUCCAGAGCAAAAACCAGUUGAUCCAGGAGAUCAAUACUCUUUCCUACCAGAGAUCUACAAGUGGAAGAGACCUUGGUGGGUCUAUGAGGUUUGUUGCCAGGAAUGUCUUCAAGAGAACUAUGUCAGGUGCUAAUGUGAGAAGGGUUGCUGUGUUUUUCAGCAAUGGCCAAUCUGACGAUCCAAGUUCUAUUGACACAGCGGUCCUGGAGUUCAGUGCCUUAGAUAUCCAUCCAGUGGUCGUCGCUUUUAGGAACACCCCUCAUGUCAACCGUGCUUUUGCGAUGGAUACCACAAGACUGUUUCAAGUUAUUAAUCUUCAACAGGAGAGAGAUUAUGGUCCAGCCUUGGAAAGAAUGCAGUCUUGUGUACUUUGCUAUGACAAAUGCGACCCAGAUGAAUCUUGCUUCCGUCAUGAAACCUCCCCACCUCAGCCCUACAUGGAUGCCGCUUUCAUUUUAGAAAGCUCACGGAGAAUAAGCCCUGCUGAAUUUAAGCAGCUGAAAGGUUUCCUAGGUGCAGCGAUAGACAACUUUGACAUUUCUGCUAAACCAGACACCUCUUUGGAAGGUGACAGGGUGGCUGUGGUGAGCCACACUCCACUAAAUUUCAGACCUCAGACCCACAUGCAUCCAGCUAAAAUUGAAUUUGACUUUGUGGCUUUUAGAAGUAAAGGACGAAUGAAGAGGCACAUCCAGGAGUCUCUCCAGCCGCUGAAUGGAUCAGCCGCCAUUGGCCAUGCCAUACAGUGGACAAUCAGCAACGUAUUUUCAGUAGCACGCAACCAGAGGAAAUCGAAGGCUAUUUUUGUUAUAUCUGCUGGAAGAACGAGUCAGUGGGACAAGGGGGUGCUGAGCGACGCAUCCCUGAGAGCCAAGUGCCAGGGCUAUGCUUUCUUCGUGCUCUCCUUGGGGCGUGAGUAUGAUCACACAGAACUUGAGCAACUGGCGAGCUUCCCCCUGGAGCAGCACUUGUUACAGCUUGGCCGAAAUCACAAGGCCGAGCUUGGCUAUGCCGUGAAUUUUUUGAAACCGUUUGUACAUCUCCUCAAGGCUAACGUCAACAACUAUCCAGAAGUACAUCUUAAGACGAGAUGUGCAGAAAUCAACACCCGGAUGCCUAUGUAUGUCCCACAGUAUCAAAUACCCAUUUCUCCAGAGGGAAGCAAGACUGUAUCAAGAGGAGAUGAGGCUGUAAAUAUGGAGUACCUACUAAGUGAUUCUAGCCCCCCUGGACAUGUCGUCAGCAAUGCAUAACAGACUUUCGUAUUUGAAAAUUACCAAAAUGAGCUGGCUAUACAGCCUCUAGAAGUCUUGCCAAGGAGUAUUUCACUGUCAUCAUUUCUGCUUCAUUUGUCCAAUCUAACAAAUCUCUAUGAAAACAAGAGUUUUCUCAAAGUUCUGAUGACAAUUUUGCAGUGGUGAGGGACAGAAUUUUGAAAGGCAGAAUGAAGAAUGAAUGCAUUAGAAGAUUUUCAUCUGUGGCUCCACCUACUGCUUUCAAAAAAGAGGGAAAUCAUGAAAUAUAGAAGGCUACAAACCAUAAUACUGGUGUUCUGCUUUCAAUGGCUUUCACCAUGUUCAGCCUAAUAAAUAUACUUGGGACGUGAUACAUGUUGUAGCUAGGAGCUUGUGGCCAUGUCCAGGGCUAUUGUUCAACCUCACAAAUGCCUCAUCACUGAUAUCCCAAUUCCAUUUUAAUUAUUUUUAAAAGUAUAUUUUGUUUCCUAACUCUCUUUUUUAAUAUCCUUUAUAGUUGUGCUUGCUGUUGAUUGUCUAAUGAAGUUCUGGGACACCAGUGCUAAAAAACUGGUGCACCUUUGCAACACUCCUCAGAAUCUGGAGACUCUAACAUACUAUACCAGACCUUCUCAAUAGGCCCAGAAUAGAUGCAUGAACACAUGAGAAAUUCUGUUGGAAUCAAAUGGGUGAAACAAAAAGAAACAUACUCCUCCAUUUCUGUGUCUUCAGUGAUCUUCCUGUAAUAGGUAGCUAGAACUUGUAGCAACAGUUUAGGAUCUCUUACUCUAAAUCCCAGAAACAAUAAAGAAUAAAGUUAAUAAUGCACAAUAAAUAACUUUAGGUUAAAAUCCCUUCUGCCUUUAUAAUAAAAUUGUUGCUUUUAUACGAUCAGGGCUUUUUUUGUCAUAGAAUGCACCGGAACAGCGUUCUGGCACCGUUUUUUAGCAGAUCAGCAGCAAACAUCAUUAACAUAGUGCCUGCAGG